GUCUUUUCUUUGUAAAUAAUAAGCCUUUGAUUUCAAGACUCUCUUAAGCAUUUUGCCCCAUUGCCAGAAUAGCUUUUCAAAUGGCUUCUUUCGCUCGUCUAGUUAGAUUCCUGGCCAAGGAUGGCCGAACAUAUUAUGGAGAUGCAAUUCUCCCCCGCGGCGUGACAGAUAUUGCCAAAGCCACGCAGGCCAAGAUCAUUCGGGGCCAGAUCUUUGGAAAGCAUGAAGUCACGGAUCAAGUCGCUGAUAUUCGUCUUCUGCUUGCUCCCCUGGCCUUAGAGGACGUGAAGACCGUUAGAUGCCUCGGUCUGAACUAUGAGCAGCACGCGAAAGAGUCCAAUAUGCCAAUUCCAAAAUACCCUGUCGUAUUUUACAAGCCCUCCACUUCCCUUUCUGGGCCCACGGAUCCCAUUCCAGUCCAUCCUCUGGCUCAAGAAGGCACCGGACUGGAUUAUGAAUGCGAGCUCGUUGCCGUUAUUGGAAAGGCUUGUUCAGAUGUCCCUGAAUCCAAGGCUCUGGACUACGUUCUCGGCUACGCAGUUGGCAACGACGUCUCCCACCGAGAGUGGCAGCUUCAGCGCGGUGGAGGCCAAUGGUCUCUCGGCAAAGGUUUCGAUGGCUGGGCACCGUACGGGCCUGGGAUCGUCAGCAGCAAGCUGAUCAAAGACCCCCAGGCCUUGAAGAUUUCGACCAAGGUUAACGGACAGGAGGUGCAGCAGAGCAGCACCAAAGACAUGAUCUUUGGCGUUGCAAAGACCAUCGCUUUCUUGAGUCAGGGAACGACUUUGUUGCCUGGCGAUGUGAUCUUCACCGGGACCCCACAGGGCGUUGGUAUGGGCCGCAAACCGCAACUCUGGUUGAAGGAUGGUGAUAUCGUGGAUGUUUCACUUGAGGGGGUUGGAACCUGCACCAACAAGGUGGAAUUUACCAAGGCAAAGGCGAAGCUGUAG